UGUAAUCGAAUCUUUCAAAUUAUGUCCAACCUCUACUCGUUGGUUCAUCAAGGCAGAGAACGACUUAACCAAGCGUACGAAACUGGAAAAGCACAUUCCUUGUUGACAGUGGAGCAACUGAAAAGUUUUGACGAAAAUAUCACUCAACACACCAAAGGCUUUCUUGAACAAUCUUGUAUCGCACUAAAACAUAGUUACCCUUUUCUCAUUACCGGUUUAUCGGCCGCUGUCAUAUUCUAUCCCUCCUUAAAAGUAUGGGGAGCUAGAACUGCUUUUAGAAACUCUUUUGUCUUCGGCAGUAUUACUGCAGUGUCCCUUUAUCCUGACUUUAAACAAGUGGUCCAGGGACUUGAUAAUGUAUCUCAAGACACUAGUCAAUAACAUAUUGUACUGAUUAUUCAUAAUAAAAUGACAAAACUUUGUUGCGUUUCAUAAAUACGAGUCUUUAGAU